AUGAUUGGUCCAAAACAGCAUAAGGACUUGCUGAAACAUUACAAAGCGAAACACUUCAUAUGCGAAGAUGGCGACUGCUUGAAACUGGGCAUUGCGUUCCGAACAGACACAGAACUGAAGUUACAUAAGAGUGCGCAACAUGCAGCUGGUCCACAGACGCUCAAUCUGGAUUUUCACUUUUCGGAUCGGAGUGCACCAGGGCAAAACCGUGAAAAUAGGUCUUCCGCACGAGUCCCUCUGCAGCGAAACAUUCCAAGGAUAAGUGUUGUUCGGCCGGUGGAACAGCCAAAUGUAAAUAGGUGA